AUGGCCGACAACCACAGCGACGCCAAGUCCGAUUCGCCUCACCAAUGGCCUGAAAAAGAUCGCAGAACGACAUUCUGGGAGAAAUGGUCACCCUUCCCAUGGCGAGUAACCAUCAUCUUAUUGGCACUCCCUCUUGCGCUCGCCUGCAUUGUCGGCCUCGCUGCUGCGGCGGAAACGGUAUCGCAGGGCUACAUCAUGGGACGAGACUGUUACCCGAACGGCCUUUGGAAAGAAGCCACCGGAGCAACAUGGCGCAUCAUGGAUUCCUCCUACUUCUUUACACCGAACUUGAGCUUUGGUGCUCUCACUUUUACGCAGGUAAAGGUCAUCGAUGUCGCAUGGGACCUGAUCAUUGGAAGAGGCGGACAACUCUUGUUGGCAUGGGUGAAUUACCGCGUCUUCAAUGAAUGGCUCGUAUAUCACAUGGAGAUGCAUCACACUUCCUACAAAUUAUACGCUGCUGUAGCCUUCGAGACAACAACCGUGGCCACCCUCGGUGUACUAGGAAAAGAGUUCCUGGCUUAUGGAGCGUGCACCUGGAAGCGCUUGUUCCGUUGGCUCGCACUUUUUUCGAUGCUGCUUUCAACCCUCUAUGUAAUCGCGUUCCCAACGUUGAUGGCAGCCAUGACGGGUUAUAUCACUACCUACCAGCCCUAUGUCGAGGACUUUGAUGGCAAUCUCAUGGAAUGGGGCAGGCUCAAGCGAGUGAUUUACAUGAUCGAGGACGCGGAUAGGGUGGGUUUGGAAGCACCGCUUAUCGUUACAGCGGAUGAUCAGCCGCUCAUCGACGCCGUCCACCAUUACACGGGGCAGUUCGACGAUUGGAGCUCCACUGUUACCGAGAUACAAAGCUCAGACGCUAAAGUACUUUCGAUCGACUAUAUUUACGGCAGGGGCUCCAACAUAACCAAUGGAACGAUGAACGGCAACAUCACAGCAGAUUGGGUGUUUGACGGCAGGACGACAUCUACGUUCCGUAGCCUUGGAAUCGCAAUCUUCGAUACAGAAUAUUUUGAAUACAGCUCCCGCGAAAAGCUCAGCGAAUCCACUCAACUUCUGUACGCUCAGUACGCCUUUGAGAAACGGCCAGAUGCGAAUCACUCCUACACUGGGUACUACCUGCUGGACCACGGAUCUUGCAAGCCCAGCGAAACGUACCAAUGGGGUUUUUCGUAUAUCUUCCUCUUCAUGGUAUCGAUAUUCAACUUCGUCUGGGUCUGCAUCAUGGUCGGUAUGUGGCUCGAUACACGACGCGGGUCUAUGAUGUACAGGAGUGGAAGGAGACCGGGGCUUUUGCGCAGCAUUAUGGAUUACUCUGCUGCGAUACGGGAGGAGUUGGGUAAUGAGACGAAUUACCUAGAGGAGGAUGAGUUGAGGAAACGGUUGACGGAGAGCAAGGGGGCGCUGGUUGUCGAGAAGAGAGAGCUUAGGGUGACGAGGACGAGUACUGGGGAGGUGAUGAAGAGAGGUUGGAAGCGGGGUCUUACGAGUGGGAGCUCGUUUUGA